AUGCGUUUCUCACAUCGGUUCCGCGAAAUAAAAGGCGCGGGAGCGACUAGCUUCAAGAAAAUCCUACAAUCACGGUCAGCAUUAACAGACAAUGUCCAAAGUAACGAUGAAAACAAUGAAUAUACCCCACAAAUCGAAGAGAAGCCCAGUGCCCAGCCUCCGUCAAACAGUCUUCAAGCCACAUUAGAGAAGCCAAGCGAUCUCUGGGGCCGCGCAGAAAAGGCUCUGCGAGAGAAUUCCAAUGACGAGACGAGAAAGGUCAUGAAGACAUAUGUGUCGAUUCUAGAAUCAGAGCUGGCGUUUGCGAUGGCGGGGAUGGCAUCUUCUGAUCGCUAG